GUGCUGCCGCUGGGUGCGUCCAAGGGAUUUGGCGUGGGCUGGCUGCUGGACAGGCUGGGAGUGGACCCGGCUGCCUGCCUGGCCUUGGGAGACGGCGAGAACGACGUUGAGAUGCUGCGCCUGUGCGGGCUGGGUGUGGCGAUGGGCAAUGCGGGGCCGCCGGCGCUGGCGGCGGCGGAUGCCAUCACGGCGCCGAACAGCGAGGAUGGAGUGGCCAGGGCGAUAGAGCGGUUUGUGCUGCGGCCUCGGGGCUUGACGGCAUGA